AAUACUAAAAUGUUUCGAAUUUGCAUUGCAUAAUUAUUUAUACAUAGGUACUACAUUUUAAUAUACGGAAUUUGUGUUACUACUUGGUAUCAAUUCAAAUUAAUAUUAUUAUUAAAAAAACGAAAUGUUGUCCAGACAAAGUUUCAGGAAGAGUGCUUUAUUUUUAAGAUAUUACAGCGAAAAAGCUGGUUCAAAUCAGUUUCAGGGCUCGAGUGAGACUACUACUCAGUCAUCUUCAAAAAUGAAUGUUCCAGGAUUGAGCUCAGCAGUUAUCCAUAUGUCAUCCCAACCAGUAGGUCCUGGAGUAGACCCAAACAAAAAUGGACCAUAUAAAGUUCCAGAAUAUUUCUGCUAUGAUAACAUGAGUUUUUUUGAAGCUGAAAUUGAAAUGGCCAAAUAUAGACUGCCACAGCCGUCGGCUAUUAAAAAAUAAUUCAAUUUAAUUCGAAAUUUAUGUUUUAGUCCAUUGUUAAAUAAUUUGAUCAAGUUAUUACAUCAUUAGACUUAUAA